ACCGCAGAAGCAGAAGCCCGCGCGUUGCAUGCUGGGAGUUAAUAUGAACCACAAUGGCGGUCAGACUAAACCUGGCCUCACAAACUGUGAUAUUCUUUUAUUUCUUGACUUUAUUGACUUUACUUUUACGGCAAAGUUGUCGGGCGGCCGCGGGGGCUCUCCAGUGGGAUGAACGUGGUUACGUCUUGUACUGUCCUUGCAUGGGUCGCUUUGGGAACCAAGCAGACCACUUCCUGGGUUCUCUGGCCUUUGCGAAGAUGUUAAACCGAACCUUGGCGGUCCCUCCUUGGAUUGUGUACCGUCAUCACACGCCUCCUUACACCAAUGUCCACGUCCCAUACAGGGACUUCUUCAAACUGGAGGCCUUGUCCGCCUACCAUCGCGUGGUGGCUUUGGAGGACUUCAUGAGGGAGCUGGCAGACCAACACUGGCCUCCAGGACACAGGAAGGCCUACUGCUUCGAGGCGGCUGCUCAGCGGAGUGCCGACAAGCGCUCCUGUCCCAUGAAGGACGGGAACCCGUUCGGUCCGUUCUGGGAUUACGCCGGCGUGGAAUUUGACGAGUCGGUUCUUUUUAGUGGAAUUUCCUUCAGUAGCUACCACCGGCAACAGUGGAUGAGGACUUUCCCCCCUGACAAGCACCCGGUCCUGGCCAUGCCCGGAGCGCCGGCCCAGUUCCCGGUGGUGGAGGACCACGUGGGUCUGCAGCGCUACGUGGUGUGGUCGGACAACAUGGUGGAGGAGGGUCAGCGGCACAUUGCUGCCCUGCUGACCAGACCGUAUGUCGGCAUCCACUUGAGGAUCGGCAGCGACUGGCAAAACGCGUGUGAAGUGCUAAAGAGCGACGACGUGGGGCCGCACUUCAUGGCUUCCCCGCAGUGCGUGGGCUACAGCCGACAGACGGCGCUGCCUCUCACCGCCGCCAUGUGUUUGCCCGACCUGGCCGAGAUCCGCCGCGCUGUCAAGCUGUGGGUGAAGAAGACCUCGGCUCGCUCCGUCUACAUCGCCACCGACUCCGAGUCCCACAGCGGCGAAAUCGAGAAACUCUUUAAAGGCAAGGUAAAAGUGCUGAGCUUGCAUCCUGACUGGGCCCAGACGGACCUUUACAUCCUGGGCCAGGCCGACCACUUCAUCGGAAACUGUGUCUCCUCCUUUUCUGCCUUCGUCAAGAGAGAGAGGGACGCCCACGGCCUUCCCUCCUCCUUUUUUGGCAUGGACCAGCCAGGGACGGCCGCCAGAACCGCACCAGACUCAGAACGGAGGAGAAGGAGGAGCAAUCGGGGCGAAAAACGGAGGAGAAACAGCAACAGACGACGACAAAAGAGAGACCAGACCAGAGAUGAACCUGCGAGGAAGACGCAGUUACCGGCGACCGAAAGGAGAGCCGAGACAAGCAGCAAAGGAGGUCGACCGACUGGAAAUCAGCGCGACCGACUGAGACACAAGAACGUUUAUAGAAACAAUAAACACGAGUCAAACCUGUUAGUAUGUGUCUUGCAUCGAUGGUCCAUGUAACCUGCAUGAUGGCAA